AUGAUACCCCAUCGCCUUCCUCCUUCUACUCUUCUCUCCUUCAUCUGCUUUGUCCGAGACAGCCUUCCAUCGAAAUUCGCUUCCCUCUUCUCCCAUGUCCCCCUAUUCUUUACUACUUGCACAAGGCGAAUUACUUUUGAGCCAAAGCGCAACGCCAUCAGAGACACCGACUGGAAGUUUUCCGCCCGUUUGGGUCUUGUGUGA